AUGGUGCCAGCAGUACCAGGUACGAAGCUCAUCAUCCUUUGCUCACCUGGUAAUCCGACGGGUGGGGUGCUGGGCUUUGUGCUCACCCGAGAAGACCUCGACUGUGCAGCUGAGAUCGCAAAGGCUUGCAACAGCUGGGUCUUGAGUGACGAGAUCUACUCAAGGCUGGUAUUCGACGGCAAUCCGGACAGCAUCGCCUUGCGCGAGGACAUGCUGAAGCGCACCGUGAUCCUAGACGGUUGCAGCAAAGCCUUCGCCAUGACUGGCUGGCGCCUGGGCUUCGGCCUGUUUCCAGAAGAGCUUGUCGAGCCUGCCAAGAACCUGGCGAUCAACAGCUGGACCUGCUUGCCGCCUUUUGUGGCUGCCGGUGCAGAGACUGCCCUGGCCACCCCAGAGGAGGUGAUGGCUCCCAUGCGCUCGGAGUACAAAGCCAGGCGAGAUCUGGUGUAUGAGAAGCUGUCGGGCACACCUGGCAUCUCUGUGGCUGUCUGUCCAGCGGGGGCCAUGUACCUUCUAGCCAACGUGACUGGAACGGGAUUGAGCUCCGGGGAGUUUGCAGACCGAUUGCUGCAGGAGCAAGGUGUGGCGGUGCUCGACGGCAAUUUCUUUGGUGCUGGUGGCGAUGGCCUGAUCAGGAAAGGACAUGCGGAGUUUGUUCUAAAUUCCGGCAGGGCGCUUGCUGAGCAGGAGAAGAAGUUCCAGGCAUGUGGAGUCCAAGCCAGAACUCAGCACCUAAUGACGGCCAGUUUGCUCAGCGGAGCUCUGGCUUUCGAUGCAUGGAUGCUCCUUCGCCAAUCGUCUGUGGAUGGCUUCGGAACGACCUACGUGUACACGUUCUGCAUCGUGUUGCCGAGAUAUCUCGAACGCCACCCCGCUGCGAUGCGCGGAUGGUCGACUCUGGUAAUCUACGUGCUGGAUCCCAGGAGCUUUGCAUGGCCGGAGGAGACGGAGAGGAUGGGAGCCUUCCGAGCCCGCUUUCUCUGGGAGUCGCUGCUGGCCCUCAGGGCGGACUUGCAACGUUUGGGCUCCGACCUGGUGCUGCGCACAGGGAAGCCGGAGGAGGUGCUUCCGGACCUCCUUCCUCCAGGCUCAGCCUUGAUCACGCAGGAGGAGGUCACUGCUGAAGAGAGAGCCGUGGAUCAACGCCUGCGCUCUCGCCUCGAGACCGUAAAGGUAGAUGUGGAGCACUGCUGGGGCUCGACACUCUUUCACAUUGAAGACCUGCCCUUUGACCCUGCCAAUCUCCCUGAGUCGUUUACGGUCUUCAAGAACACUCUGGCUCCGGAGUUGAAGUGUGCCUGUAAUGCUAUACCGCCCGAAUACCUCGACCUGCCUAAGCCGAAGACGAGCCUAUCGAUUCGGCCGUGUAUGCCGGAGCUCGAGCUCGGAUCCCUGCCACUGUCAGCAGUGUUUUGCAAAGACGUCGGGCAUCCGCCAUCCUGGGCCGACAUGCCGCUCCCUUCAUCGCAGUCAGGCGACGACCUGCCAGCAGCGCCCUUGUUCAAGGGCGGUGAGCGUGCUGGCCUGCAUCGGCUGGAGUAUUACUUCUCCGGGCCCCUGGCCACCUACGCUGAAACGAAGAACAACAUGCUGGAUGCCGAUGCUUCAAGCAAGCUGUCCCCAUGGCUUGCUCAUGGAUGUCUUUCGCCGAGACGGGUAUUUGAAGCACUUCGGAAGCACGAGAUGCAAGCUGCGACCGCUUCCUCUUACUGGCUGUUGUUCGCACUUCUUGUGCGCGAUUUCUUCCGGUUUGUUGCGGUGAAGCAUGGCAGCCGCAUUUUCCAUGGGGCCGGCAUCAGCGGAAAAAGGCUUGACUGGUCUGGUGGGGACGAGGAAUUUGCCAUGUGGACGACGGGACAAACCGGGUACCCGCUUGUGGAUGGAAACAUGAGAGAGCUAAAGCAGACUGGAUGGAUGUCCAACAGAGGUAGACAAAACGUGGCGUCUUUCUUAAUUUGGGACCUGCAGGUAGAUUGGAGGCGUGGUGCGAGGUGGUUUGAAGCGAACUUGAUCGACUAUGAUGUGACUUCGAACUGGUGCAACUGGGUUGCUGCUGCUGGCUUGACAGGGGGCCGGAUUAACAAGUUCAACGUGGUGAAGCAGUCCCAUCAGUACGAUCCGAGUGGCCGCUAUCUACGCAAAUGGCUUCCAGAGCUCUCCAGCUUGACAGAUGAAGAGAUUCAUGAACCGUGGAAGCUCGCGCCAGAGCGACAGCACCUCGUCCAUGACUAUCCGAGGCCUUGUGUCGAUCCUGGGAAGUUUGCUUUUGCAGUGAAGCAGGCUGCUGGUGCGCGAGAAAAAGCCGGAAAACCGCUCAAGCUUGCUUCGACUCCGCUUCAUCCGCUGCGUGAGUCUUCCAUGAGGCCUUGGCACAAGCCCGCAAGCUGA